AUGUCUGCCUUUGAUCAGAGGAAGCAGAGCACACGGCACACAGAGCCUGAGACAGACUGCAUCACCCCUCGGGUGAAGCCAAGGGGUGAGAUGUUUGUCUUUAUUGAUGGGAAAUGGGUGAAUGACAUCUACUGCCAGCCACCCUUUUCUUCGCACCAGAAACUCUUUAGCAAGAAGGCACAGAAUGAGUGGAGCAUCUGGGAGGAGAACAGAGCACUCUGCCAGGAAAACCAAGUUCUCUGGGUCAAAAACAGGAUGCUCUGGGAAGAAAACAAGGCCCUACAAUAUCUCCAGUCACAGAACAAAUCUGUCCAGGUGAUUUACACUGAUGCUGUUCAGCGAAGCCUCAAGAACAAAAAUAAGCCAUUUCCACUCUUCCAAGAGAGGGGCACAGGCUUUCAGCUCAGUCUGGGCAACAAAGCUCUCCAGGCAAUCCAGGAAAAUAAUAAAAUAUUUGAGGAUUUCCAGCAGGAGAAUAAAGCACUCCCUGUUACCUGGAAAGGCCAAAAAGCCAGCACAGUCCAUGAAGAGAGCAAAGAUGCCAGCUCAGAUCUUCAGAAGAACACUGACACCAUCACAGCUGUGGAAAAGGGUAACCCUGGCCCAGUCCCCCAGCAGAAACAUGAAGGUAAAAGGAAGAGCCCUACUCCAACUCAGAAUAAGACUGAGUCUGCCCCAAGUAUGCCGGCAGAGCAUGAAAUCCUCCAGGUUCUCCACGACUUACGUGAGCUCCUCCACACCUUCCUGAAAAUGAACCAUCCUCCUGGGGAGAAACAGUGUUGUCACCAUCUCUACAACGUGAACAGAUCCUUCCAAGAAGAUUACAAUAAACUGAAGCUGCAGCUGAAUGCUGUGAAAAACACUGUGUCAGACAUUACAGCUCAAAUGGAUAUGCUGGAAAAGGAGAUCAUUGCCAUCACUUCCCCAACGUAUGAAGAAGCAGGACAGAAGCUGGCAACUGAGCAUCAGCUUGGAGACAUGUGA